AUGGAGGAGACGGAGGCGGCACUCCUGCCGCGGCCAGAGUCGCCGCUCUCCGCGGUGGACCACCUCGGCCGUCCGGCCUCACGCGGCGGCUCCGGCCGUUGGCGUGCUGCGCUCUUCAUCAUCGGCGUGGAGGUGGCGGAGCGGUUCGCCUUCUUCGGCAUCUUGGGCAACCUGAUGAUCUACCUGACCGGCCCGCUCGGGCAGUCCACGCCGUCGGCCGCCGCGGCCGUCAACGCGUGGCUUGGCACCGCGCUCCUGCUGCCGCUGCUUGGCUCUGCGGUCGCCGACUCCUGGCUCGGUCGGUACCGUACCAUCGUCUGCGCAUCCCUCCUCUACAUCAUAGGGCUAGCGAUGCUCACCAUCUCAUCAGUUCUUCUGCCAUCAGAGUCUGUGGGCAGGUCGAAGUAUUCGUCUUCUGUUCCUGUGGCUCUCUUCUACCUGUCCCUCUAUGUGGUGGCAUUUGGUCAGGGCGGCCACAAACCUUGCGUCCAAGCGUUUGGCGCAGAUCAAUUCGAUGAGAAUGACCCUGGAGAACUGGCCUCAAGGAGCUCUUUCUUCAACUGGUGGUACUUCGCUGCAUAUGGUGGCAACGCCGUCACCGUGUCGAUACUGAACUACGUUCAAGAAAGCAUAAGCUGGCAGCUUGGGUUUGGGAUCCCAUGCCUUGCCAUGAUAAUUGGCCUUGCUCUCUUCGUUUUUGGGACCAAGACUUACCGCUUCUAUCCUCUCAAGAGUAGUGGUAGUGGAGGCCUGUUUGAACAAGUCGGCAGAUCGCUUGUGGCAUGGCUUGCACCAUGGCGCGCAAAAUUACCUGAUGAUUCUCACAACUCUCUGCCGUCGUCAUCUGAUGGCGAUACUAGCAACAUCGGCAGCGCAAAUUUUCCUCAUGAUGAAACCACGGCAUUGCUCAAGCUGUUCCCUAUUUGGGCCACAUGCCUGAUUUACGCUGUUGUUGUUGCACAGUCCAUUACUUUCUUCACUAAGCAGGCAAGCACACUGGACAGGAGGAUAGGUAGCAUAGUAGUACCAGCUGCUUCCCUGCAAAACUUGAUCAGCGCUUCAGUCAUGGUCUCCCUGCCAAUCUAUGAUCGGAUCCUCCUGCCCAUGGCCAGAAAAUGCACCAAGAACCCUUCAGGCAUCACAAUGCUGCAAAGGAUCGGCGUCGGGUUGGCUAUUUCGACCGCCGUGGCCGUCGUUGCUGCACUCGUGGAGACAAGGAGGCUCAAGGUGGCUAGUGACUAUGGCCUACUGGAUAAACCUCAAGAUGUUAUUCCUAUGAGCUUCAUGUGGAUUGUCCCUCAGUACAUUAUGAUUGGAUUCUCUGAUACUUUCGCCAUUGUUGGAUUGCAAGAACUGUUCUAUGACCAAGUGCCUCAUAGUAUACGCAGCUUGGGCAUGGGUUUAUACUUCAGCAUAGGUGGGACAGGGAACUUCAUCAGUAGCUUUCUUGUGUACACCAUUGACAUGGUGACCAGUAGCACUGGAGGAAGCUGGUUCUCCAACAACGUAAACCGAGCGCAUCUGGAUUACUUCUACUGGUUUCUUGCCGUCCUCAGUGCUUUUAGCCUGGCUGCUUACAUCUACUUUGCACAGAUGUAUGUGCUUAAGAAAAAGGCUUAUAUUUCAGCACAAUGA